CACCGUACAAGGAAACCAGCAGAGGGAGCAGCUGGGUCACAUGACCAGAGCUGAAUGCAAGCGGGGUGAGAAGGAAAGAGGCAACACGCUCUCUCUCUCUCUGUCUCUCGCUCUCUCUCUACAAUGGAAGCCAUCGAGAGGACACAGGUGCAAUCUUGUGAUUAAGCUCUGUGUGACUCAUCUUCAAGAGUUCUUGACUACAUGCCGGAAGUACAAUAGCACCUACAGUCAAAGUCUCUUCACCUUUUUAAAGGAAAAAUUAAGGCAGAUGCUUGAAGUUGUCUUGCUUAGCUCAGCUACCAACAGAAACUACUGCAGAGUUUCCCUGAGGCCUGGAUGUUGACAAGAGCUGUGUUCCUGGGAUCUUACUGCAUAAGAGAGGCUCUGAGUCAUAGAACUUGGGAGACACCGUACACGCUACUUUGCGAGUUGGUCUGGCCAGGGGCAUUGUGGGAAAGGGGGACCCUUUAAAACGAAGGUGAUGAAGGAACCUUCCAGAAUCAGAGACCAAGGUGGACCUAAGGUGGACGUGGCCAGGCAAGGUGAUGUGUCCAGGAGAGAGGCAGAUACUGAAGGGACCAAUGAGAGUUCGGAGGUGUUGAAAGACCCCCAAAGCGCCGACCCGUCCCCGGCCGCAGUAGAAUCAGGGGGCCCUCCCCUCGAUUCGGCCUUCGACAGCAAUGGACUUAACCUCAGCACACACCACCGGGGGGCGCCCCUGUGCAGGACUAGUGGCUCACCCUCAGACCCCUCUCUGCUGGGACACGCCUCCAAAGCCCUCCCCUCCUCCACGUCGGCACGGGCCCAACAACCAGGCCCUGGAGGAGGAGGAGGAGGAGCGGGCGCGGGGUCGGGGGCUGCCGAGGGGGCGAGGGCGGAGUCGGAGGCGAAGGACAGCGCGACUCGGGACGCCCUGCCGCCCGCCACCGUACAUCACGCGCGGAAGACGAUGGCCAGGCCCGCCUCCGUUCAGACCGUACUGCAGCUUUUGAACAGGGAGCAAAAAGAAUUGAACAGCGAGAGAGAGGAGAGCCGGGGCAGGCCGGAGGCGGAGCAGGCGCUGCAGACGUCCUCCUCCCAAAUCCAGCCGUCCCAGAGCCCCGCCGACCCUCCUGCACCCCCCGGCCCCCCCGCUCUCCCCGCCAGGCCACAGGCAGCGACCGCUGCGACCCGAAAGAAGAAGAGGAAGAUGGGGACCUACAGCCUCGUUCCUCGCAAGCGACCCAGAACACUGAAGCAGCGCUCCCUGCUGGACAUGUUCAAGGACAACGGGCAGGCUGCCGCAAUUGCGCAAGGGAGCCCUCAGGUGAACGGAGAGCGAGCCGAGAACGAGUACGAGGAGGAGUCCGAGGCCUCGGAGGAAGAGGGACCGCAGGCGGGCGGCGACCGUCCCGGGACGGGGGCGGAGGAGGCGGCGAGCGUGACGUCGCGAGAGGAGGACGACGCAGCCGAAAGUCACGCUCAGGCGGAAGGCCAGGAGUGGGAGAAGUCUGGCGAUGACGGGGAAGUGGAGGGAGAUGACUCCGAUCUGAGUUCGGAGACGGGGCUGAAUAAACCGUCGAAACAGACCGGACCGAGUGACAGCCCACGACCCUCAAGGAAAUGCAAGGAGAAGAUGAAUGGCAAGACGGAGGAGCUCUCGGCUCUGUCUCUUUGCCCGGCCGCCGAGGCCCACGCUGAAGAAGACAUUAAUAAUGGAUCCACCGAGCCGGAGGGCCAGACUGAAGCAGGCAUUAAUAAUGGAUUCACAGACCCAGAGUCCCAGGCUGAGGCGAACAUCCAUAAUGGAUACACGGAGUUGCCGCUGGACUCCCUGGAUCUUAAAGCCCAGGAGGAGUUGUUCUCUGCCCAACAGGAAGGUGAGUGUUCAGGGGCGGAGAUUUCGGAGACGGACACGGUGCCAGAGCUGCCCCUCUGCAGCUGCCGCAUGGAGACGCCGAGGCGGCGGGAGAUCCUCUCACUGUCGCAGCGGCGGUGCAUGGCCACCGAGAGCAUGGACGGGCAGCUGAGCCGGUGUCAGAACGCCGCGGUGAAGUAUGAAAUGAUGCGGCCCUCCAACGCGGUGCCGCUGCUGGUCCUGUGCGAGGUCCACCGGGCUGGCAUGGUCCAGCACCAGUGCUGUCCCGGCUGCGGCUUCUUCUGCCAGGCGGGGACCUUCAUGGAGUGCCAGCCGGGCAGGAACAUCUCUCACCGUUUCCAUGGCGACUGCGCCUCGGUGAUGAGGGGCCAAAGCUACUGCCCUCACUGUGGGGAGGACGCCAGCAAGGCCAAGGAGGUCACCGUCGCCAAGGCUGACACCACCUCCACUAUGCCCCUCCCCCACGGACCGGAAAAGCCAGUCCUCUUCGAGGGCAAGGCUGACACAACCAGUGGAGGGAACGACCACAGCCAGGGAAGCCCAGCUCACCUCCAGCCGUCUGGCGAGGAGAGGCCCUCGUCCUCGCCAUCAGAAACACCAAAUGUGCCUCCUUUCCCCUGUGGGUCCCAGAUGGGGGCUUUGGCUUUAGCGGGGGGGCUGGGACCAGCUAAAGAGAGUCUGGAGAAUAUCCUCGUGGCCCUGGAUGCAGAGAAGCCAAAGAAGCUGAGGUUUCACCCAAAGCAGCUGUACCCUUCUGCCAAACAGGGGGAGAUCCAGAAGGUCCUGCUAAUGCUGGUGGACGGGAUCGAUCCAAACUUCAAGAUGGAGAACCAGAGCAGGCGCACUCCUCUGCAUGCGGCAGCCCAGGCUGGCCACAGGGAGAUCUGCCACAUACUCCUGCAGGCUGGCGCCAACCUGGACAUGUGUGACGGUGACCAGAGGACCCCUCUGAUGCAUGCCUGUGAAAACAACCACCUGGAGACUGUCAAGUACCUGCUGAGGGCGGGGGCCAUCACCAGCCAUAAGGACCUGGAUGGCUCCACCUGUCUACACCUUGCUGCUAAAAUGGGGCACUAUAGCAUUGUGCAACAUCUCCUGUCCACUGGUCUGGUAGACAUCAACUGCCAGGAUGAUGGCGGCUGGACUCCUGUGAUCUGGGCGACGGAAUACAAACAUGUGGACCAGGUCAAGUUGCUGCUGUCCAGAGGGGCUGACAUCAACAUCAAAGACAAGGAAGAGAACACCUGCCUUCACUGGGCAGCGUUUUCGGGCUGUGUGGACAUUGGCCAAAUGCUGUUGGAUGGCCGGUGUGACCUCAACGUGGUCAACGUCCACGGCGACUCGCCAUUGCACAUCGCAGCUCGGGAGAACCGUCUGGAGUGUGUGAUGCUGUUCCUCUCACGGGGCGCAGACGUGAACCAGAAGAACCAAGAGGGAGAGACGCCCCUAGAGUGCUGCAUCCCUGGCUCCAAGGUGUGGGCCGACCUGCUGACCAAUAAGAAGCUGAGGGAGGCGGGGAGCGUCCAUGGCAACCAGAGAGAGAGGGCCCUUAAUAGGGACAUCUCCCAGGGAUACGAGAAGAUUCCGGUCCCGUGUGUGAAUGGGGUGGACAGCGAGCCCUGUCCCGAAGACUACAAAUACAUCCCAGAGAGCUGCGUCACCUCCCCCAUAAACAUAGACAGGAACAUCACACACUUACAGUAUUGUGCGUGUAAAGACGACUGCUCAUCCAACAGCUGUAUGUGUGGCCAGCUAAGUCUCCACUGUUGGUAUGACAAGGACGGUCGCCUGCUACGCGAGUUCAAUUGGGAGGAACCCCCCCUCAUCUUUGAGUGCAACCAUGCCUGCUCCUGCUGGAGGUCCUGCAAGAACCGCGUGGUACAGAAUGGACUGCGGACCUGCCUGCAGCUGUAUCGGACCAGGAAGAUGGGCUGGGGGGUACGAGCCCUGCAGGAUAUCCCACAGGGGACCUUUGUGUGCGAGUACGUGGGGGAGAUCAUCUCCAAUGCAGAGGGUGAUGCCAGGGAAAAUGACUCCUACCUGUUCAGCUUGGACAGUAAGGUAGGAGGCUUGUACUGCAUUGACGCCCGUUUCUACGGAAACAUCAGCAGGUUCAUUAACCACAUGUGCGAGCCCAACCUGGUCCCCAUUCGAGUGUUCACCAUCCACCAGGACCUUCACGUCCCCCACGUCACUUUCUUCGCCUGCAGGAACAUCAGUGCCGGGGAUGAGCUCGGGUUUGACUAUGGCGAUUACUUCUGGAAAAUCAAAAGCAAGUAUUUCAGCUGCCAGUGCGGCUCGCUGAAGUGCAGGCAUAAUGAAGCUACUAAUGCUCAGAGACAGCCAGACAGCACUCCUGAGGGGAAGCUGCCAGAGGCCCUGCCUGACACCAGCUCCUCCACCGCCUCAAGCCCCUGCUGAGGACCGCUUUUCAAUCCAGCAGAGCCAGGAUCAGCCAUCAGACACGCGAUCAGCCAGCAGAGCCAGGAUCAGCCAUCAGACACACGAUCAGCCAGCAGAGCCAAGAUCACCCAGGGGAGCAGAAUAGGUGAUUGGAGUCGGGAUCAGACUGCAGACGUCAUAGGUCAGUAGAAGUAGGUUCAACUAGCAGGACUUGGAUCACUUCAUUGAUUGAAACGGCUGGCUAACCAUAGGUUCAGACCAAAGAGUGAGGAACAGCCAGCAUAAAUAGCAUCUCUUAGUGCAGUCGGGAUCAACAGCAGACACGGCAUAAUCAGUAGAACGAGGAUCAGCCACCAUAGUCAGCAUCUACCUGCAGAGCUAGGAUCAGCCAGGAAGAACCAGAAUCAGUAGGUAGAACUGUGAUAAGCCCCCAGAAUGUCACAUAGAGUAGGACAAAUAUAAUUCCUCUGGCUUCUGCUGGUUUGUUUUCAGUCGCUAAAAGAAACAAACCAACAUGCACACAUUUCAAUAAUGGAUGCUUUAGAAAAGCAUGCAGUGAUAGCCACAGUUUUUUCUUAACCACAAGGAUGCAGCCGUAAAAACAAACCUUUUUGCCUGGACAUAAAUACCUGGACAAGAAAGAUGGUGCUGAGAAAGUAUCCUUUUUACAAAGUAUCUUUUUUGUUUUGUUUGUUUUACUUGACUGAGUACAAGUUGUAAAAAAUAGGAUGACAAAAUGUUUUUAACCUUUUAACUGCGUGCUAUCAAUUUUCAAGUAUUCUGUCUGUAUCUGUUAUUUCCCAUUAUUUUAUAUACUGAAGGGAAAAACUACAUAAUUUCUCACCGUCUGUGAUCUUUUGUAUCAUGAGAUAGAAAUAUAUAUGAAAACUGUGUUACAUACGACUGAUGUGUGAAAUAUGAUGCUCUGUCCAAUUGAUUGCAUCUUUCUUUUUCAAUAAAUUUACAGGGGAGAGAA